AUGGGUCGUGUUACAUGCGCGAAUGUUCUGAGUGAUCUAUAUGCCAUGGGUGUUGUGAAUUGUGACAAUAUGUUGAUGCUUCUGGGAGUAGCUGUCGAUCUGGACGAACAGGAGCGAAAUGUCAUUGUCAGGAUGUUUAUCGAAGGGUUCAAAGAUGCAGCAGACGCAGCUGGAACGAAAGUCCGUGGUGGUCAAACUGUCCGAUGUCCUUGGCUUCUUCUUGGAGGUGUUGCUACUAGUGUCGCCAACGAUAAAGAAAUCAUCAUGGUAGAUCGUGCACGACCCGGAGAUGUCCUUGUUCUGACCAAACCUCUCGGUGGUCAGGUCGCUGUGAAUUCCUACGAGUGGCUCAAGAAGAAGAAUGGGCGCGUAGAGGAGUAU